AUGGACUGCGGAUCAAACAAUGUUCUCGGCAAUCGGGUAAAGCAACACAUAGAAGAUGACUCUAUUUUACAGCCUGACGUCGUGCUACAAGUAGAUGGAGAGUUGUUUUAUGUCAACCGUCAUCAGCUUGCGCUUCAAAGUCCGUACUUCCGUGCUCUCUUCUUUGGCUGCGGGAUUGAAAGUAAUAAAAGGAAGAUAGAGCUAAAAGGGGUCUGCUUGCAGCAUUUCAGGGUGUUAAUGUAUCACAGCCAGACAUCCAUUCUCAGUUUGGACAGAGAAAAUGUUUUGGGGAUCCUCGAAACUGCAGAUUUCCUCCAGCUGGAGUGGGCUAAAUUGCUAUGCUGCAAGUUCCUUGAACGUGAGCUCCACCUCUGCAACUGUUUGGGAAUGAUGGAUUUGGCCUGGCAACGAGGCUGUUCCCAGCUCUACAGUGCAGCAAGACAGGUGGCUCUCACACAUUUCUCUGCUGUUGUCUCUCAGGAGGACUUCCUUUCCUCUUCCAAGGAAACUGUGGCACACCUUCUAGCUAGUGAUGGCCUUGCCAUUCAUAGAGAUGAUUUGGCCCUGGAGGCGGCCCUACGUUGGGUGUCAUUUGACAAAACACGAGAGGAACACUUUCUGGAGCUCAUGGAGCUGGUACGACCAGAGUCUCUGUCAUUGAUAUUCAUCUCUAAGCUUUUGGACACAAUGACACACAGUUCUGAUCCUAGAGCCAAACUUAUCUGCAUGCUGAAUGAACAUUUUCCAACUUCCUGGUCAAUGGGGAAGUCUCUAAAAAGGACUAGGGAGGCGCUCUUCGUCCUGGGUGGACCUCAUGAUCAAGAACAGCAGGCCUCCUACAAGUUUCAUCCACUUAGUGGGAGAUGGCAAAACUGCACACCUCUGCAGAGGAAGAACCUCACACAGUACUCAGUAGCUGCAGCAGGAGACAGUAUUGUUGUGACAGGAGGCCAUUUCCUUGACGUGCUGUGGUUCAGCGUGGACUGGGUCAGAAGAUACGAAUGUGGGAGCCAGCAGUGGGUCGAUGGCCCUGCGUUGCAGAUGUCCAGGCACAGUCACUGCUCCAUUGCCCUGGAUUCCCUUCUGUUUGUCUUGGGUGGCAGCAUGGAUGAAGGGCUUGUGGCUGAUGUUGAAAGACUGGUCCUGGGGUCAGACGGGGGUUGGGAAAGCGUAGGCUCCAUGAGUCGGGCGGUAGAAAGGGCAGCCGUGGCUGCUCUUGGCCAGUGUAUCUAUGUUGCGUGUGGCCUGGAUGAAAAUGGAGAGGCCUUUGGUGGAAUACAGCGGUAUGAUACCAAGAAGAAUCAUUGGGAUGUAGUAUCAUAUUCCCCUUUUCCACGGUAUGACUUGGUUGCCACCGAGCUCAAUGGUGCCAUUUACCUGUUUGGAGGGCAAGCUUUGCGCUUUGAUGUGGAGACAGAUGAGUGGACAAUUCUGCAUGAGGAACAUCUGGAGAAAAAGUUCUUCUGUGGCUGUACUACAGUCUGUGGCCAGAUAUUUUUGUUGAGUGAGAAAAAGGUAAACAAAGCACUGCCCAACAUGAUUUUAUUUGACCCUUAUGUGGACAAUUGCAUCAAGGUGGACAAUGCUAUACCAUGUCCUGUCCCGCUGAGAGGAUUUGUCACCAUUAAAGAGCUUACAUGA